GAAAAUCUGAAAAAUGUUGGAAGGAAAAGCAAUGGUUGAAGAUUCAGACAUGCCAGUGAAGAUGCAGAUGCAAGCUAUGUCUUUUGCUUCUCAAGCUCUUGAUCUAUUUGAUGUCUUUGAUUGUAAAUCCAUUGCUGGUCACAUCAAGAAGGAGUUUGAUGAGAGAUAUGGAAGUGGAUGGCAAUGUGUGAACAUGAACGAGAACUCAGCUUCAAGACAUGUUAAAAGCUGGAGCUCAGAUUGUGCAAUGAGAAUGGAUGGUUCAGACAAUUUGGAUGAUGAUGAUAAUGACAUGAUGAUGUUUAGGAGUCAACCGGGAAAAUUUGGCAGCGUUGACCGACCUUCUUUGCCUCUAGGCGGAGUAACGCCUAACCGCAAUGACAAGCUUCCCAGAGUCGCUUCAUCGGAAUCCAUGGAGGCACUAAUAGUAUUACAAGCAGCAAUGGAGCAAAUGAAAGAGAAAUUUUCGAAAUUGCUUCUUGGAGAAGAUAUGUCAGGAGGAGGAAAAGGUGUUUCAUCGGCUUUGGCUUUAUCUAACGCCAUUACCAAUCUCGCAGCUUCUGCAUUUGGAGAACAACGGCGUUUAGAGCCAAUGGCGGCGGAUAGAAAAACGCGUUGGAGGAGAGAAAUUGGAUGGCUUAUCUCUGUGGCUGAUCAUAUAGUUGAAUUCGCUCCAACACAACAAACAAACAAAGAUGGUACUUCAAUGGAAGUCAUGUCAACAAGACAAAGAACAGAUCUUCUCUGUAACAUCCCUGCACUUAAGAAACUCGAUGCUAUGCUUCUCGAUUGUCUUGAUAAAUUCAAGGAUCAGGAUGAGUUUUAUUAUGUCAAAAAAGAUUCUCCUGAUUCUUCCGAGACAAGAAACGAUGAGAAAUGGUGGUUACCGGCGGUAAAAGUCCCACCUAAUGGCCUCUCUGAGAUAUCGAGAAGGUUUCUACAGAGCCAGAAGGAAUGUGUGAAUCAAGUCCUUAAAGCUGCAAUGGCGAUAAACGCUCAAGUUCUCUCUGAAAUGGAGAUUCCUGAAAGUUACCUUGAAUCACUUCCUAAGAAUGGGAGAGCUAGCUUGGGAGAUGUGAUAUACAGAAUGAUAACAGUAGAGAUGUUUGAUGCAGAUCAGUUCCUUAUUGAAAUGGAUUUAUCAUCUGAGCACAAGAUUCUUGAUCUAAAGAACAGAAUCGAAGCAUCGAUUGUGAUAUGGAAGCGGAAAAUGGUGCAGAAGGACACAAAGUCUCCUUGGGGAUCAACAGUGAGUAUUGAGAAAAGAGAACAGUUUGAAGAGAGAGCUGAAACAAUAUUGCUACUAUUAAAACAAGGGUUUCCCGGAAUCUCACAGUCCUCGCUCGAUAUCAGCAAGAUUCAAUUCAACAGAGAUGUAGGACUUGCCAUCUUGGAGAGUUACUCAAGAGUGCUUGAGAGUUUAGCGCACACCGUGAUGUCGAGAAUAGAAGACGUGCUUUACGCUGAUCAGCUAACUCAAGAACCUACAAAUAAUGCACCUUCUAAGAACAGAUAUAGCUUGAAGGAGAAUGAGAAACUAAGGGAGGAGAGACUAAGUUUCACAGAGGAUAUGGCUUCAGGAACACUUUCUGAUGUAAUGCAAUGGGGUAACAAAAACAACGAAUUGAAGAAAGAAAGCUUUUUCGGAGAUAGAGAGAAACCGUUGUUGUCGAAAGUCACGGGUAUAAUGACAAACAACAAGAAGAGUUCUUAUCUUGAAAAUCUUGGAGCUAUGAGGAGUCCAACCGCGAGAUACUCCUGAAAGAAACCGGUUUCUUUUUUCUUUUCUUCUUGUAAAAUUAGGUUUUCUUGCUGCAUUUCCAAUCUGCUUAAAGAUUCCAAAACGAAUAAUGCACCAUUGUGUUG